ACCAGGGCUUUGCAGCAGCAUCUUUUCAUUUAAACACUUAUGAAAUAAAAUUCCUUCUUGAAAUGCAACUGGCUACCUAAUUGGAAAGGAAUAAGUUAUCACUCAUCACCCUUUGGUAUUAAAAUGAAUUCAUCUUAGACUUUACUUCAGAAGUUUGAAAAUUAUAGAGUUACUGCAAGUGUCAGAAUCAUCCAUCACUCCUAAUCUAAAUAGUUGCCCAUUCAUUUCUGCCAUCCUUUUGUUUCUGACAACCUGCAGGAUUUCCUGAGUAAACUGCUAACCUGCUUGAUGUACAUGUUGAGGUAACUGAGGUCAGUACAUUUCAAUGAGCUCUCACCAUUGCUGUGUCAAGCAGAGCUGGGCACUUCCAUAAUCUCUGCAAAUAGUGAAGUCUUCAAAUAUGGAAGUAUAAUUUGUUUGUGGAUUAAUAUUUGUGACAAAUUGCUUGAAAAUUGGUGAUUUUGCACUGCAACAGUGCUUCCAUAAUAAAUACAAAUCUACCUGCAAACCCACUUUUUUAUCUAGUAAAAAUUUUAUUCAUAAUAUAUUAAUAAUAUUUUAAAUAUAUGUUUUACUACAAAUAUGAUUUUAUACAUCCUAUCCAGUACUACAAAAGAAUUUACACACUUUAUUGUUUGUCAAAAUAUAUAUAGUAAUAUAAUAUAUAUAGUAAAAUAUAUAGUAAUUAAGUAGAUGAAAACCUAGAAAUAAUCUUUAACUUUGAUCCCUUGAUUAGGCAAAAAUAUCUUCAGUCAGAGUUAUGUAAUGGCAUAAAAAAUAAAGUUAUAUGAUGUUCUACUUAAGGGGAUGCAAAUUGCUAGUUUGAGUUUGAAUUUGAUGACUUGAAUUAUUGUUAAAAAGUAUAUGAUCUCAAGUCAAGGAGCAAAAGCAAUUACUUUUUUGGAUUUUAACUCAAAUAUCCUUAAGAGUGUGCCCCUUGUAACCCCACAUGCCAUUAGUCCUUCCAUUGCGGGAAACAGUUAUAGAAAUUAAUUUACUAUUCCACAAGAUUACAUCCAAGUUUGCAGAUAUGCAUUUGCCUUUUCAUAUGCAGUGCCCAGCUCUGGUGUUUGAGUUGUUGUACUAUUUUUUAUUUAUUUUUCCUAAUGGUUUAAUCUUAUGUAGUACAAUAUCAAUGAAUAAUAUAACGAUUACACACACACACACACACACACACACACACCAUGUCAUAGUUGCAACAAGGAUAAGUUUUGCAGAGACAAUGUAACGUCUCAACCUGGUUCUGGGUAUAGGCUCCUUGGGUGAAAUAAUGUGCCUGUGGUGUUGUGUGUCUGCAGUGAUGUGUCAUGAGAUAUGUUAGUGUUUGUUGGGUGCCAGACCAUAUAUGAGCAGGGAUUACAUGUUUUGGCAAGUACAGUAGUAACCAUGGGUGCUGAGAGGAAGGGAGUGAGUGGUCCAGAACUCCCAAAAGUUGCUCAUCAGAGUUACAGUUAAUGUUGAGAUUUCACAACUGUUAUUUAUAUUGAUUUUGUACAUAAAUAGGGUUUUCCAUCUUUUCAAGAUUCUUCUUUUGUAAUGCUGAAAGCUUGCUGCUCAGUGGCUGUCUCUUAGGUAUUAUUGUGCUGAGUCAGCUUGGUGUAGGGACUGUCACACCAGUUUAUUUGUUAUUGGGACAGCAGCAUCUUGCUCACUCACAAAUAUAUAAUAUUAAACACUUAACUGUUGCAUAAUUAGUGAUUUUGGAUGCAUGGAAGCAUGUAGAUGUGGUCUCCAGAUAUUUCUUACAGACUACAAGUUGUGGCCUGAAAGAGAUAUAAAGAUCUUGAGGGUGUGUAUCCCUGAGAUGUACUAGCUGUAGACAAGAUUGUAAUUUAUUUUUACAAAGAUAUCCAUGUCUACUGAAAAAAUAACUUAAAUUCAAGAGUUUUGAUUCUUAUGAUACAAAAUCUUGUGCCAAUACCAGGACCUGAUUAAAUAUUUUAAUAUAUUUUACAGAAAAUGUUGUGAAUUGCUUGUUGACUGCUGUAGUUAUGACAGAUGAGACAUGAGCCUCAUGGCUAGCGGCAUAUAGGGUAAACUGCAUUUAACAUUACUUUGUCUUCCAUGGCUGAGAGAAUUAUGGCAGAAGUCAGCAAUUCUGCUGAACAGAAAAUACUAAAAUAUUUUUUUAUAUCAAAGUAAAUGAUACGUGAUUUUUUUCAAUCAGUACUGAACUCUUGGCCUCCAUCUCAAUCUGGAUGUGAGUGAGUUUUGCAGCAUUUGUCACAACAAAUUGUAGGAUUUAUACCAAUCAUAAUUUGAAGCUAAUUUAGUGAAAAAUCUGAUGGCCAAGCAUUUUACUUAUUAAUUGCUCUUACUUUCCAUGCCCAGAAUUCUGGUGAGAUUGCAAAGAAUGAUGGAAAUGAUGGAAAUUGUUGAUAAGUAAUCAGAAAGCAUAUGGCUAACGGAGUUCAUUAGGUUGUAACAUCCAUCAUUGCCAUGGUUCUGUGUUAGUUGGAAUAUGGAAAUUUUUAUCUCAAGUUGAGAUGAACUGUGGUCAAUAAUGCUCUUGUCAAGUUGGAUGAAAACUGAAGAAAAUGUGGACAUUGCAACCUCAAUUUAUUAAUGUUAAAAAAAGUUUGAAGUUUUGUAUAACUUUUUUUCCCCAGAUUUUUAUGAGGGCAGAAUUUGCAUUAAGAAAUAAAAGAAUCUUUUAGCUCACAGAAAGAAAUAAAAUAAAAAAUUAAUAGUAACAAACUACAUUUUUCACUUAAUUUUUCAGGAAUCUUUCAUGAUAAAGCUCUUAUAAUUCUUAAAAACUGCAGUGUAAUUCUACUUACCCUCCACAAUCAAGUAAGGUAGGUUGCAGGCUGCACAGGCUGCAACUUGUUUACAAGUGUGUGGCAGAAAUAUACAGUUUUAUUCUAUGAAUGACAAACUAGAUGUUCAGUCCAGUUAGAUUUUCUUUUAUUAGGGAUUUUCUCUGUUUGGAAAGGAAACUUAUGCUCCCGCAAAUAUUUUUUUGUUCUUUUCCUUUCCUACAAUACUGUGCCCCUGUAAUUUUAUUUGGUUACUGUUUAGACAGUUUACAGACAGUUUUGUCAUAAUUAAUUGCCAUCAUCUAACUUUUCUUUAAUGCAGCUUUUAUAUGCACCAAAACAGUCAGAUAAUGAUAUAAAUCACUUCCUGAUAUCUAGAUCCAUUAUCAUAGUAAUUUACUUUCUCUUAUUAUGGACUAAAGUGCACCAUCCCAUCUCUUAUAAUUGGAUGAUUUUUUUUUUUUUUUUUUCCUCUCUUUUUAAUUCCAAAUCUUAACAGUGAAUACUUUCCCUUUCAAAUACAUCCACUGCUUAUUUCAGUAACUGAAUGUUACUUAACAAAACCAUAAAAUUUUACAUACCUUUUCUCAGGGUAGAGCAUGAUUUUUUUUUUUUCUUUUUUUUGCAAAAGCAGAUAUUUUCUUGUGUCUUCCUGUUAAUAAUGAUUUCUUUGCUGUACAGAGGUAAGGUAACUCCAGACACCACAAAUGCAACUACUUGAUUUGCUCUCAGAGAAAUUCUAAAUUCUGUAACUGUCACUUAACUGCAUUCAAAAUUUUUUAGGCACAUCUAAAAGAUCUUUCUAGUUGCUUUUUUUUUGUGAUUGUAGUGUUUCAUGUGCCUGCUUACAUAAUCUUUACACACUUCUCUGAGAAACAUCUACCUAAUAUGCUAAUGCCUUCAUACCAAAUCCAGUCUUACACAGAAUAGGAACAUAUGUAAUAGUCAUCUUAAGGGAGAUUGGGCACCUUACAUGAAAUUGAUGAAAAGAUAUUAAUUCAAAUCUGAUGGAAAAUUCUCUGCAAUAUCAAGACAUGUUUGUCAUUAAGUGUGAAUCACAUGUUAAACUUGGCUGGUAAUAUGUUUUGUUGUAGGAAUGAGUUAUCAUAGCUGUAUUAUGGUAACUUUCAUUAGCAUGUUGAGAAGGAAGUUAUUUAGGUGUGCUAGUCAGAUACUUUGAUCAUCAGAGCUGCCUAACUUCAUUGUGGAGGGAAUUAUCUCUACAUCAAAACUUUUUAUGCAUUUUUAUAAUUUUUUUAGUCACUCAGCAGUAAUUAACUGAGUUCAUACUUUCCCUUUUCAAAUAUUUCUUUUAUGAAUGUAAAUAAAUAAAAAAAACCUCCUCAGCUAUUUAGUGAUACCCUCAAAACUUUGUACCUAAAUCAGUUAUCACUAAGUUUUAUACAAUGUCAAAUGAAUCAUUUAUAGUAUUUUUAUUUAUUUAUGACAUUUGAGGGGCAUAAUAUAUGUCCAGAUUUACAUUAUUAUUAUUAUUAUUAUUAUUAUUAUUAUUAUUAUUAUUAUUAUUAUUAUUAUUAUUUUUAUUUUUAUACAUAUACAUACAAACAUUUCUAAAGACCAUAACUUUAUAAAUCAUAAUUCACCUAUACUUGUGAUCUUAUAACUAUUAUUGUCUUAGCUAAGUUUUGUAAAUUAAUAGGUAGGUACCUGAUGUCAUUGGAAGCUGCAAAGAAAUUUAACCUGCCUGAUUUUUUUUUCAGUUCUUAUUUAGUAGUGACAAAUACUGAUAGUCCAUGGCAGAACACCUGAUAUAGCUCCCAUCUUGGGGUGAGAACCAUGUUCCGCAUAGUGUACAGAUCUCCUUUGGGGGUAUUGGUGCUGCUGGAAUCAGAAACACACUUUUUGUCAAAUAUCUGCACUGCAUCUAGUGUGGUUCUCUUUGAAAGAUUGUCUAGGCCAGUCAGAAAUACUUGCUUUAUGAUCCUAGACUCAAAAACAUUAAUUUUAUUGAUGAAAACGUUAAAAUGUUAUCCAUAAACUGCUUCACUCAGGAUAAUUGACUGGGCACAUGUGCAGCUUUCUUUGUGUGCAUCAGGAGAGUGGCAGCAUUGGUAAAUGCAAUACAUGGUGUGCCCAUAAUAAGUUAGUGGCCUCUCAUUACUUGUGGAGAAUCACACUCGCAUCUGUACAGGGAUUGCUGGAUUCAAUGUUCAUUUUGUACUGACUAGAUAUUUUGGGAAUGAUUUUUACAGCAUUGAUAAUGUUUUUUUCAUCCUUAGGUGAGAUGAAAAUUGGAGGAAUAAUCCAUAAUCCAGUGUGGAUAUGUGGGUAAAAGUGAAAAGACAGGCAAUGCAAACCUGUAAAUGAAUAACAGUGGCAUAGUGUUGUAUCUUCUAGUGGCCAGAUAUUUUUGUAUAAAGAGCACAGAUCUUUCUAAAGUAAUAACAAUUUUGUAAGUCUGAAAGUUCUUUGCAACUUUAAGUGUAGCAGUUUUACAGAAAACUUGGACAAAUCAGUUUCCUGUUGGACAUGAAUUAUUACUGAUAAUGCAAUACUAAUAUAUAUAUAUAUAUAUAUAUAUAUAUAUAUAUAUAUAUAUAUAUAUAUAUAUAUAUAUAUAUAUAUAUAUAUAUAUAUAUAUAUAAAGUGCAAUAAUACAAGUAGUCAGUUCUGUUAGUCUUGUGAAAGGAGUAAAACAUUUGUUAUUAAAAAUGAAUUUUACCUUAUGAAAUGCAUUACAUCCUGUUGUAAGUUGAUGGAAUUUUUAAAUAUUCAUGUCUUGGCUUUUAUGAAGUGGUCAGUUUCAUCUCACUGAGGUGGAAAAUUUCCUUGGUCAGCAGUAGAUCUGCAGCAUUUUGCAAGUAGAAUUUUAGUAUGAUAUGUACUAUGUAUAUGUAUAUAUAUGUAUAUGUAUGGAUGAGAACUGUCCACAAAGUUGAACAAAUGUACACAUACACGCACACACCAACACAAUGUACAUGCCUGUGCAUCUGCAUAAACAAAUACUGGACAGACCAUUUCCCUCCUGCUGUAGCAAUACACUGUCACCUUCAAGGUUGUUGUUGUUAUUGUUACUCAUGCCGUAGCUGCUGCUGCCAUGUCAGAAUAAAUAAAACUAUUUUUAUUA